GCCUGCUGCAAGGUUUUCCCGAUUUCGGGGCAAAUUCCCAAAUUCCACACAUUUCUUGCCCUUUUGAACAAGUCAGAAUUCAGCGUGCACGCCAAGUUGGGCUUUCUAUUAUUCCUUUAAAUUUAUCUCACCUAUAAAAAUACCACCCCCACUCACUCGCUUUCCUCAUUCGCAUUUUCCCCAAACCCCUCACCCUGACCUUUCUUUCUCUCGAAACUUCAUCUAGGUUUUCCUCUUUUAUUUUCAGACUUCUCGGUGUCUCGUUGUUUUCGGAUCUUCAGGAUGCAGAUCUUUGUCAAGACUCUUACUGGAAAGACCAUAACUCUCGAGGUGGAGAGCUCUGAUACUAUUGAUAACGUCAAAGCAAAAAUACAGGACAAGGAGGGAAUUCCCCCAGACCAGCAGAGGCUUAUCUUUGCUGGAAAGCAACUCGAGGAUGGCCGAACUCUAGCUGAUUAUAACAUCCAGAAAGAAUCCACCCUCCACUUGGUUCUACGUUUGAGAGGUGGGAUGCAGAUUUUUGUCAAAACGCUCACCGGAAAGACUAUUACUCUUGAAGUUGAGAGUUCCGACACCAUUGAUAACGUGAAGGCAAAAAUUCAGGACAAAGAAGGAAUUCCCCCAGAUCAGCAGAGGCUGAUUUUUGCGGGAAAGCAGCUCGAGGAUGGCCGAACUUUGGCUGAUUAUAAUAUUCAGAAGGAGUCUACACUCCACCUGGUUCUCCGCCUUAGGGGUGGUAUGCAGAUUUUUGUUAAAACUCUUACAGGAAAGACAAUCACCUUGGAAGUUGAAAGUUCAGACACAAUCGAUAAUGUGAAAGCAAAGAUACAAGACAAGGAAGGUAUUCCUCCAGAUCAGCAGAGAUUGAUAUUUGCAGGAAAGCAGCUUGAGGAUGGACGAACAUUGGCUGACUACAAUAUCCAGAAAGAAUCCACUUUGCACUUGGUCCUCCGCCUCCGUGGUGGAAUGCAAAUCUUUGUCAAGACCCUUACUGGAAAGACUAUAACUCUGGAGGUUGAGAGCUCUGAUACAAUUGACAAUGUGAAGGCGAAAAUUCAGGAUAAGGAAGGCAUUCCUCCCGACCAGCAGAGGUUGAUAUUUGCUGGAAAGCAACUUGAGGAUGGCAGGACAUUGGCUGAUUACAACAUCCAGAAAGAGUCUACUCUUCAUUUGGUCCUCAGGCUUCGCGGUGGGAUGCAGAUUUUUGUAAAGACCCUCACUGGAAAGACCAUCACCCUUGAGGUGGAGAGCUCUGAUACGAUUGAUAAUGUCAAAGCCAAAAUACAGGAUAAGGAGGGGAUCCCACCAGACCAGCAGAGGCUUAUUUUUGCUGGGAAGCAACUUGAAGAUGGCCGCACCCUGGCAGAUUACAACAUUCAGAAAGAGAGCACUCUACAUCUUGUCCUUCGCCUACGAGGUGGAAUGCAAAUAUUCGUGAAGACGCUGACGGGCAAGACAAUCACACUUGAGGUGGAAAGUUCUGAUACCAUUGACAAUGUGAAAGCUAAGAUUCAAGACAAGGAGGGGAUCCCACCUGAUCAGCAGAGGCUCAUCUUUGCAGGAAAGCAGCUUGAGGAUGGUCGCACACUGGCAGAUUACAAUAUCCAGAAGGAAAGCACCCUGCAUCUUGUUCUUCGCCUUCGUGGUGGUCGUGUUUAGUGGCUUCAUUGGUAAUGGUAGGUUCAAAUUGGGUCUUUUAUCGUUUGUGUUAAGGUUUGUUGAACAGUACUAUAAGUCUCCUUGUUUUUGAUAUGAUGGUACUUGAAGUAUGGUGUGAGUAGUAAUAUGUUUGAUAUGGUUAUGUUUGUCGCAUUUUAUUCUAUGGAACGUUUCCUCUUUGACUGGU